UUCAAACAUUUCUCUCUCUCUCUCAUCCACAUACAGCACUCACGUCCAAGAAAAAAAUGGAGGUGUGCGAGGCUCGCUUCUGUAACACGGUCCAUGACAUAGUGAACAGGGAAGCCCACUGUCUCAUAUGGUCGUUAUAUCCAUAUUCCACAUAUGGAUCAAUAUGUCUGGGAGAUUAGCUUGGGAGACACCAAUUAAAACCGCUCUCAAUGAUGAAGCUGGGUCCCAGACUCGACCUUUCCCUGUCUCUGAGGUUUCGUCCCCACUCGGUCUCUCCAGAGUAUGCACCACUUUGACAACAUAGGUCCCGGUGCGGUGAUGGUGUCUCCGGGUAUGAUGCAGAGCGGCCUGUCCAGGGAGCUGUUUUGAGAGGUGGUGCACCGACAAGAGGAACGGAGUCCUCAUCGCAGGCUAACGUGUGGAGGGGACCUUGGCCAUGACUUAGCAUGUAUGGCUAAGUCAUACAAUCAUACAGUCUUUUAGCCUGAGUGCCAGCAUGUUUCUGCUUUAGCCAGGCUGGCAUUGUCUACAACAAGGUAAUAAUGCACUGUAGCGUCAUUAACAGGCUAUUGUUCACACGUUGUUCCCGCAAUGGAGCCUGGUUCUUCUGACUGUAUCCAUAGGUAGACUAGUGGUUAGAGCAUUGGACUAGUAACUGAAAGGUUGCCAGAUCGAAUCCCCGGGCUGACAAGGUAAAAAGCUGUCGUUCUGCCCCUGAACAAGGCAGUUAACCCACUGUUCCUAGACCAGUUAACCCACUGUUCCCCUGAACAAGGCAGUUAACCCUCUGUUCCUAGGCCGUCGUUGAAAAUAAGAAUUUGUUCUUAACCGACUUGCCUAUUUAAAUAAAGGUCAAAUAAAAUGUUCCCUAGACUACACAGACCUGGCCAUGAGCACAGUGAAACAGACCCAGGCCAUCACAUUCGCUAGACCCUACUCUGUGCUAGUGGGUCAGCUGACAAACAUCAUUGAGGAUUUGGAAGCUACAGAAAAGACCCUCAAGAACAUCACACUGGUGCAUGAGGCAGGCAUGGUGACGCUGGAGGUGAGCAUGUUGUAGUCUGGGUCUUGUUCCUUAAGCACCAAACGGAAGAGAAUGGACUGAAACAGGGAGGGACUACCUAGACGUGACUAACGUUUUCUGCUGCAAAACGUUCUCUCAUGUGCCCUAAUGAACAUGACACAAUGAUGUUCACAUCAGGCAAUGCAGUAUCUUGCAGUAUCAAUAACAAUGUAUUUGUGGUGUCUGAGAUUGUUGAGAAACUGGAAUGUUUUCAUCCAUGUUUCUCACGCCGUCCACUAGUUUAUUGCCCACCCGUUGAAUGACAUGCACACUGAUGCAGUCACUACUGUUGUGUUGGAAGUCCAGUCUAACCCUAAAGCUCAGAAAGGUGUGGCCAUUGACCUUGACCUUUACCAGUAUCCACUUGCCUUAAUUGUCCCUUCCGGGGAAUAAAUCAAGUUUUAUUGUUUUGAAACAAUCACACAAACAUGUACGCACAGCUAUUUUAAAGAAGGUCUCUCUGAACAAGACGAAGGACCUGGCAGUGCAGCCUUCUCUACGACGCUCUCAACCCUGUCGUAUGAGGGGUACAACCAGAGACAUACAUAAUUGGGUUCAAAGAACCCCUGAAAGGGGUCAUCCUGCAGCUACCUGAAGCAGUUGUCUGUUCCUCCGCAGACGUCCAACCCCCGUGCCUGAUAGUUGUUUAAUCCUAGGAUCAUAUUACCGUCCGAAAUCUACGUUAAUCAUUAGGGGGGGAAAUGUCAUCCUACUCCGCCUUACUCUCACUGAUACUUCUAGAAUGGAUAGACUACUUGAGGGACAGCAGUAGCUGUCUGGAUCUGGUUACGCUAUUAAAGUUAACUGCAUUCUGUAACUAAGCAUUGAGAUGCAUGGCUCAAAUGCACUGAUUUGUUUGGACAUUUUGUAGGGAAAAAAAAUCUGAUAAAUAUUGGGUAUAGAAACAGCCAAAUAGUGUUUGAUCAGCAGUAUUAUCAGUGAUAGUGAACUGAAAGCAAGCAGGUGUGGUUGCUGAGUUAAUUAAUCAAUUAACAUCCCAUCGUGCUUAGUGUCAUGUAUAAAAAUGCUGGGCAGGCCAUUAUUUUGGCUACCAUGGCUAUGCCCCCAUAGGAUGACAAGGCCCCCAUCCACAGGGCACGAGUGGUUUGAUGAGCAUGAAAACUAUACAAACCAUAUGCCAUGGCUGUCUCGGUCAUCUGAUCUCAACCCAACUGACCACUUGUGGGAGAUUCUGGAGUGGUGCCUGAGACAGUGUUUUCCACCGCCAUAAACAAAACACCAAAUUAAGGAAUUUCCUGUGGAAUAAUGGUGUUUACAUCCCUCCAAUAGAAUUCGAGACACUUGUAGAAUCUAUGCCAAGAUGCAUUAAAGUUGGUCUGGCUCGUGGUGCCCCAACGCCCUAUUAAGACACUUUAGGUUGGUUCUGUAUCUAUGUUUGGAAUGUUGUUUGAAAACUUGUUGUGAUCUUUGUUUUAUGUCAUUAUGAAAGUUUAAUUAUUUUACAGUAAAGAAAUGCAUGUCAUUCAUCAAAAUAGUGAAAUAAACAACAAAAAGGCGACUUGUCAAAUUAUUUUACUCUAUUAUUAUUAUUAUUAUUUUCACCUUCCACCUCCACACGGUAGAUGGCGCAAUUUAGCAUGCGAACGUCUAUCAUUCAGUCAGCACUGCUUUCAUUUCUAAAUCUGAAAGUAUAACUUUAGCUCUCGGCUCAACAUUUGUACUAGCUAGCAAUGUCCAAAAUCAAGAACAUAAUUUGGCCUCAAGUGAUUUUAUUUGGCGACUCGAUCACACAGUUUUCAUUCCAACCGAAUGGAUGGGGUUCCGAAAUUGCAAAUCAACUAGCCAGACUGCUGAUGUGUUGUGCACUGAAGUCCACAAGUGAAUGGGAAAGAAAAUGUGACGUUGUGAACAGAGGGUUGUCAGGCUACAACUCCAGGUGGGCAAAGAUUGUCUUGCCUCGCCUCAUCUCCAAGGACAGUGCUUCAAGCAACCACAUAGCUGCUGUCACGGUCUUCUUUGGUGCCAACGACUGUGCUUUAGAAGAUAAGAACCCACAGCAGCACAUCCCAUUGCAGGAGUACUCCGAGAACCUGAAGGACAUUGUCAAACACCUGGGGUCUGUGGGUGUGUCUGCAGACAAGGUCAUCUUCAUCACUCCUCCACCUCUGCAUGAGCCAGCCUGGGAGAAGGAGUGUGUCCUGAAAGGUAGUGCUCUGAACCGUCUCAACUCUGUGGCUGGCCAGUAUGCCCAGGCCUGUGUGCAGGCUGCCGGUCAGUGUGGGGCAGACGUGCUGGACCUCUGGACUCUCAUGCAGAAAGAUGGACAGGACUUCACAGGCUACCUCUCAGACGGGCUCCAUCUCUCUGAGAAGGGGAACCAGUUUGUGUCACAGCAUCUGUGGACGCUGUUGAAGAGCAGGGUGGAGGAGUUGCCCUUCAUCCUGCCUUACUGGGGCGACGUAGACCCUAAACAGCCAGAGAGCGGUCUACUGUGCGACUGAUGGCCCUCAGGCUGAGUGAGAGGGGAAGGGUAGAGAUGGGGCCUCAGGUCCACCCUUCCACACAGUUAUGUCCACUGGUCGGCUACGGUAAUGGGAUGACAAAGGGGUUGGAAUCAGUCCUCGUUCCAUACGACUGAAAUAUAUAAAACCACGAUAUGACAUGUUUUUAAAUGUUCUUUUUAAAUUUCCUGAGGUCUGUGUUGAAACACAUUAUUUUUUAGAAUGUGUGUGUUCACUGUAAGCAAGAAGCCAGUUUCAAGUGGGCAUACACAUUUUAUUCAUCCAGGUCAUUGAGUACACCCUGCACAUGAAACAGGACAGUCAGAAGACAUAUGGAGUCGAGUUUCCCCUCGCAUCUCAGAGCUAAUACUAUGAUGUAGGCUUAUACUCACGAUAUCUGUGGACAAUAGGCUAUUAUAACAAAGCUGCAGAAUGCCCUUGGCCCACAAGCAAACAUUUCAACAUAUACGCAAGUACUCAUCACCUAAUAUACAGGAAAUGGUGAAAAGAUUCUACAAGCUGAUAGGUAUUCAUUCAUCAUUGGCACAAGAAUAUUCCAAAGAAGGGCUUACGGAGUUUAGAAAUAGCAGUUCCCAUUAGUAAGCACAAUUUUCAUCUGGGGUUUGUGACAUUCCCGUUGCCUACAGUACAUACAGAAAUAAGGAGCAGUGGUCAAAAUGAAAACAUUUAGGCUCAACUUCAGAAAUAAGGCACUAGUGUUGUGGAUUUUAAAAAAUUAAAUAAAUCAGAAGUUGGUCAACAAAUAA